AUGGCGCGUGACGCAACAGUUGACUCACCACCUACAUCUGACUCACCACCUACACCUGACUCACCAACUACACAUUACUCAGCAGCUAUACCUGACUCAUCAGCUACACCAGACUCACAAGCUACACCCGAUUCACCAGCUACACCUGACACACCAACAACACCAGACUCACCAGCUGCACCUGACUUACCAGCUACAUUAAAUUCACCAGCUACACCAGACUCACCAGAUACACCAUACUCACCAACCACACCCGAUUCACCUGACUCACCAGCUACACCUGACACACCAACUACAGCAGACUCACCAGCAACACCUGACCCACCAGCUACACCUGACUCACCAAAUACACCUGACUCACCAACUACACCUAACUCCCCAGCUACACCUGAUUCGCCAGUUACACCUGACUCACCAAAUACACCUGACUCACCAAAUACACCUGACUCACCAACUACACCUAACUCGCCAGCUACACCUGAUUCGCCAGUUACACCUGACUCACCAACUACACCCGAUUCACCUGACUCACCAACUACACCUGACUCACCACCUACACCUCACUCAACAGGGGCUACACCUCAGUAA